AUGCGCUUCAUAACGACAGGCUUCACUCUUCUUGCCGCUGUACCCGUACUUCCAGGUAGCUCCGUAGCAUCUCCGAGGUCGUAUGAGUCGCGGGAGGAAGAUCCUUGCGCGAAGAUCGCUGGGCUGGCCUAUGUUCCUCCUGCCGACGCGCGAGCUUGUCUGUCCUACUUUCCGUUCAACGAGACGCUACGCCAGAACGUGCUCGAUGUCGUCUCCAAGGUGUUCGACUUCUACACAUUCGAGGACUACUACUUGGCACCCGUUUCCGUGUUCGACCAACCAGCGGUGCACAUACGCGAUGAAUUGGCAAGAAUCAACAGCACGAGCUACACCUCCGACUACGCAUUCAACAAAGAUCUCUUCGAUGUGGUGAACAGCCUCAAUGACGGCCAUACAGGCUGGUACUCUUAUUGCUAUUGGCAGACUUUCCAGAACCUGCUCCCUGCGCCCGUAGUGUCUCUCGAAGUCGACGGCGCCCAAGACGUCUAUGUCGUUCCGGACCUCGUAGAGUUCAUCUCUCUCCUCGGUACGAACUACACAGGCUACUACGACUCGAUCGGCUUCGACUGGACUCGGCUCGCAGGCGCACGCGUCGUGAACAUCGAGGGCAUGUCUGCGUACUCGUAUGUGGACUACAUCGCCGACACGGUCUCGGGCAACUACUUGGAUCAUGGUGUGCGGGUGAACAGCGUGCUCAGCAGCUACAGGAUCAACGCGGGCAACUAUUCGCAACGGUUCGGUGAUCUCGCUGGCCCCGUAUACCCCGAUUUGGACAAUCUGACCAUGGAGGUCAUCCUGGCAAACGGGACGGAACCGGAGACCAUUGUGGUUCCUUACUUAUCAUCGUACCUUGGAAAGCCGUUCAAGGAUGCUGCAUCCUACUGGGCAAGCAACUGUGCGGCGACCAACGAGACGAAUGGUGUAGACUACUUGACCCAGGGCUCUGCCAUUGCCCACUCACGUGCGACACGCCAGCCCCGGGCAGCGCUGGCGGCAUCGAGCUCGCUGGGUGUAGGAAUACCGUCGCAGUUUGUACCCAACUUGACCGCGAUCGAUGGGGAGGAUAUCCUGUGGAGCUAUAUCUUGCCGGACAACAAAACUGGUGUGAUGUUUGUUGGCUCGUUCGAUCCUGAGGACUACUAUGGGUUCCAGUCUCAGGUUGCAAGUGUCAUCUCCACGUUCCAAGAAGCGGGUGUAACACAGUUGCUGAUCGAUCUGUCGAACAACGGUGGUGGCUACGUCUGCUUGGGCGAGUUUCUCCACUCCUAUCUCGCAGGCGCGAACUUUGGUUUCCCAGGCUAUUCCUCUGCUGUUCGCGCAAACACCCUUGCCCAGAAGAUCGUUGCGGCCGACAUGGCCAUGGGUGUCAACGACUCCUACGCUUUCUACCCUCCAGAUAACUGUAUGUUCUGGAAUGACACCAUCUUGUCUGAAUCAUACAACUAUAUCACCCCAUAUGUGACGAAGACUAUCAACGGCGUGGAGUACUACGAGUCGCAGCGCAUUUACGACGCCUGCACGCCGUUCAACGUCACAAUUCCUGCAGAGCCACCCUUUGAUCUGGCGAAGGUUGCGAUCGUGGGCAACGGCGACUGCGCUUCAACUUGUGCGCAGUUCAGUACGCUGAUGUACGAGCGACACAACACGACAAUCGCGAUCUUCGGCGGGAAGCCAAACGAGACGAUGCAAUUCAAGGGCAUGGCUGGCGAACAGGUUUUGGAGUGGUACGACAUCGACUCGGAGAUUAAGACCGCUGGCCUGCAGGACGACCCCUUGGCGCCCCCAGACUUGCUCGUGAACGCUGACUUCCGUCAUAACUGGAGAACCGCAUACAGCUGGGAGGACGAGGAAACCCCAAUUGCGUAUUACUCUGACCUUCCUCAGCUGCGCUUCCCAUACACCCCGGAUACGUACAUGAAUCCACAGGCUCUGUGGAUCUUCGCGUGA